UUUACAUUCAAUCAUAUUUUGUUUAUCCUUUCCCCAUCUUAAAGACUUAGCUUUUGCUGUUCAGGCCUCUUCUAUACUGUAUAUUGAUGCACAGAGCUAACCCUAGCUUAUCAUGGAGAAUAACAGCGAUACUCCCGGAUUAUCACCAUGUCCUUAUACCCACCAUCCCGCACAGGAUCCAGAGCUCCCAACUCUAGGCGUCUUCGAAUUAAGGUCCGGACACUCAUGGGAAUCACCAGUUCACCCUGGACAGGUCGAACAACAAAUCCAACUACAAGAUGGCUACAGCAGAGAGGUUGAACAAAUUCAGCAGCAACAGCAAUAUGCGCUGCGGCAACAAACAGAGCACGACCAGAGCAGGUACUCACAUAUAUUCCAAAAAAUGCGCACAGCGCAGGAACAACGAGAACUAAUCGCCCAAAACCAUGCGCGCCUUGAAGCAGCAGCACAACGUCUCUCAUAUCGCACUCAGAAUCAGCAGCCUCGCAUGGAACAACAAACCCGAUAUGAAAGAGAGCAACGUCUUCGUCUCCGACUCCGUCGUCGCCAUCACCGACAACUAGCCCAACAAGUCCAGGCACAGUUCCGCCAGGAAGGCAUCACACUCAAAUUGCCGCAACUCCAAACCAAGGAGGCCAAUCGAGCCACACACUCGCUUACAAGAAGAAUCCACCCCAACUUCCACUACAUGACCUACCUCCUCUCCAGGAAGCUCGCACCAUUAGUCCAUUGCCUGUCGGGGAUGCCGCACCCUUACUUUCCGAAAUCAAUGCUUUCGUUUAAGCUUCUCACGUCUGUAGAGCUGGAUGCCCUAGCUCUGCACUUUGACCAGGUAUAUCCGCCGAAUCAGGCAACAUUCCUUUACCCGAAACCCAUUAAGCCGUGGUUAGCUACGAACGGGUUCGUGAGGAACUUGGGGGUCGCCACGAGUGUAAAGAGGAGGCGGUUUGGACAGUUUAUUGGGCUGAGGGGUUGUGAGAGCCCAGCUAGGGAGAAACGCGAUGGCGAGGAGGAGAGCAUACGUGAGCAGGUUGAGAAGGACUGGGAGGAUAGGUUAAGAGGGUCUAGGGCUGAGAAUCGGGCGAGGUGUCGAGAGUGUUGGGGGAAUUGCGCGGCCUGGGUUUGAAGUCGUAAAUACAAGAUAAUAUAAUAUUUAUUAUCAACGCGUGUUGCCCAUGUG